AUGGACACUGGAAACCUGACCGUGCUGAGCGAGUUCAUUCUCACGGGGCUCACAGGCCGCCCUGGGCUGCAGGCGCCGUUAUUCGGGCUCUUCUUGGUCGUCUACGGGGUCUCCGUGGUGGGCAACCUGGGCUUGGUCAUCCUCACCAAGGUGGACUCCAGGCUCCACACGCCCAUGUACUUCUUCCUCAGGCACCUGGCUGUCACUGAUCUUGGGUAUUCAACGACUGUCGGGCCCAAAAUGCUAGUGAGUUUUGUUGUGGAUCAAAACACAAUCUCCUAUCAUUUUUGCGCCGUGCAGCUGGCUUUUUUCCUUGUGUUUAUCGUUAGUGAGAUUUUUAUUCUUUCCGCAAUGUCCUACGACCGCUACGUGGCCAUCUGUCAGCCUCUGCUCUACCCAGUCAUCAUGUCACACAGGCUCUGCCAGCUGCUGGUGGCUGUCCCCUACCUCUAUGGCACAUUUGUCUCGCUUCUCGUCACCAUAAAGAUCUUCAGUUUAUCCUUCUGUGGCUACAACGUUGUCAGUCAUUUCUACUGUGACAGCCUCCCCUUGUUAUCUUUGCUCUGCUCGGAUACUCGUGAAGUUGAAAUGAUUAUUCUGAUUUUGGCGGGUUUCGAUUUGCUUUCCUCCCUGCUGGCAGUCCUUGUGUCCUACCUCUUCAUUCUUGGGUCCAUUCUCAGGAUGCGCUCUGCCGAGGGCAGGCACAAGGCUUUUUCUACCUGCGGGUCCCACCUGACGGUGGUCACCGUGUUCUACGGGACCUUGAUAUUUAUGUACGUGCAGCCUGAGCCCAGCCACUCCUUCGACAGUGAUAAAGUGGCUUCCAUCCUUUACACCCUGGUGAUCCCAAUGCUGAAUCCCUUGAUCUAUAGCUUGAGGAACAAAGAUGUAAAAUGUGCGCUACAAAGGGUGUGGGGGAAACUAUGUAAUACUUUUUCUUAA